CUUUUGUCAGUGGGCAUUAAGUUCGAUGAUGAAGUUCAACCUUUGCUACUGCUAUCGUCUUUACCUGAUAGUUGGUCCAGAAUGGUUACAGCGGUUACCGGUUCAGUGAGACCCGAUGGAUUCACCUUUGAUCAGAUUCGAGAUCUCGUUCUUGGCGAGGAUGUCAGAAGAAAGAGUUCAGGGGAGUCAUCUGGUGAAUUGCUUCAUGUUGGUAGAGGCAGAAGAUAAGAAAGUGAACAUUGCUGAAGGCUCCGCGAGUGAUGAAGAGGUCCUUCUGACUUGUUGUACGGAGAGCAGUGUGGAUUCCUGGGUCAUGGAUUCUGGUGCUUCAUUUCAUGCUACCCACAGUGGUAAAGCAUUGCAGAAUCUAGUUGUUGGAGACUUUGGAAAGGUACAACUUGCAGACGAUAGAGCUCCUGAGGUGACGGGCAUGGGUGACAUGAUAUUGAAGACCUUAGUCGGUUUCUGGACUUUGAAGGAUGUCAGAGUGGUUCCAGCUUUGAACAAAAGUUUGAUUUCUGUCAGGCAAUUGGACGAACAUGGACACGAGGUGAAGUUCAGAGAUGGGCAUUGGAAGGUCGUAAAGGGAAAUCUUGUCAUGGCCCGCGGAAGAAAGAGUGGUUCGUUGUAUAUGGUCGAGUUACCAUAUGAGGGAGUGACCAUCCUAGUUCAGAAGAGAAACAAAGUCCGGUUCACAGAGUCUCGUGGGCAAAAUAAGGUUAUCUAUGCAAGAGAGAAACCUAGAGCCACAGGUCAGACUCAGGAUGAACGAGCGAGGAAAGGUUCAAGGAGGCCAGUCAGAGGAUCCGGCAGUGUGCGUCUACAGUGGGAGCCGGUAGGGACCGAGGACGAGUCAGGAGCAGAUUUUGCCGUGACUGAUGUGUUGGAGCUUGGGAGAGCUUCAACGGGCCUUUCAGUUGUCUGAUGAGAGGGCCGCUGCAACAGGAGAGCUGAGGAAGAUUACUCGAUGUACAGGCAAUCGUGGUGGAUGGCAGUUGAUGACUAUCAAGUCUCCAAGUGGGAGAAUGUUGGGUUUGUGGAGGCUUGGGCUUGACUUGUAGG